UUCCCGCCGCCGGGAAGCCGCGAGAGGCUCCUCAGAGGAGGGCUCUCGUUCGCAGCCUUGCUGGCGUCUUCUUGACCUCUAGCGGCGUGCCCCUGAGGCGGCUCCCAGUGAGAGGCCAGCUGGCUGUGGGGCUUGUUUGUCUUUUGCCGCCGAGAAGCUCCCUUUUUUUUUUGUUCUCCCUCAUCCCCUGUUUCGUACAGGGCUCUUCAGCGCACCGGAUCCCAUGUUGCGUUUUGCAGGGUGUUGUGGUAUUUUGCCGCCUGUUUUGCCCUGACGCCGAGCGAAGAGGGAUUUGCGAGGAGAAAUCCGGUAGAGCCGCUCCUCAGCAGCCAUGGGACUGCAGCCGUUGGAGUUCAGCGAUUGCUACCUGGACAGCCCUUGGUUCCGCGAGAAGAUCCGAUCCCACGAAGCGGAGCUUGAGAAAACCAACAAGUUCAUUAAAGACCUCCUCAAGGAUAGCAAGAACCUGAUCGCCGCCACCAAGAAUCUUUCAGCUGCCCAAAGAAAGUUUGCUCGAUCGCUGAGAGAAUUUAGAUUUGAAUGUAUUGGAGAUGCUGAAACAGAUGAUGAACGGUGUAUAGAUGCAGCCCUCCACGAAUUCUCUAACUUUUUGAAAAAUUUAGAAGAACAAAGAGAAAUAAUGGCCCUUAGUGUUACAGAAACUCUGAUCAAGCCUCUUGAAAGGUUCAGAAAAGAACAGCUUGGAGCUGUGAAGGAUGAAAAGAAGAAAUUUGAUAAAGAGACAGAAAAGAACUACAGUUUACUAGAUAAGCAUUUAAAUAUGUCUGCUAAGAAGAAAGAAGCCCAACUACUGGAGGCAGACGUGCUAGUGGAACAAAAUCGAAAACAUUUCUAUGAACUGUCACUUGAAUAUGUGUGUAAGCUACAGGAGAUACAAGAGCGAAAGAAGUUUGAGUUUGUAGAACCUGUCCUGUCAUUUUUCCAGGGUAUGUUCACUUUCUACCAUCAAGGCUAUGAACUUGCUAAAGAUUUUAACCAUUACAAAAUGGCUCUGCAGAUCAAUAUCCAGAAUACAAGAAAUCGCUUUGAAGGAACAAGGUCAGAAGUAGAAGAGCUUAUGAACAAAAUCAAGCAAAAUCCCCAGGAACAUAAAAGAGCUAAUCUCUUUACAUUGGAAGGUUAUCUUUAUGUGCAGGAGAAAAGACCUGCACCAUUUGGCUCCAGUUGGGUAAAACAUUACUGCAUGUACAAGAAGGAGACAAAGAAAUUUACUAUGAUACCAUUUGAACACAGGUCAGGAGGAAAACUUGGUGAAUUGGAAGUUUUUCUCCUUAAACACUGUAUCAAAAGAAAUACGGAUACUAUAGACAGGCGUUUCUGUUUUGAUAUGGAAGUAGUAGACAGACCUGGGAUGCCUAUGACUUUGCAAGCUUUCUCAGAGGAGGACAGAAAUAUGUGGUUCGAAGCCUUAGAUGGAAAAGAAGCUGUUUUUCUCAAUCUGAAUAAAGCUAUUACAAAAAGGGAAGUAAGUGCACAGUUAGAUAAGAUUGGGUUUACAGUAAUCAGAAAAUGCAUCAGUGCUGUUGAAACAAGAGGUAUAAAUGACCAAGGACUUUACAGAGUUGUCGGGGUGAGUUCAAAGGUCCAGCGACUUCUGAAUUUGUUGAUGGAUGGAAAAACAUGUGAUGAAGUUGAACUGGAAAAUUCCACAGAAUGGGAAGUGAAGACAAUAACAAGUGCACUGAAGCAAUAUUUAAGAAGCCUUCCAGAGCCCUUAAUGACCUAUGAAUUGCACAAAGAGUUCAUCAUUCCUGCCAAAAGUGGCAGCCCUGAGUCUCGUAUUAAUGCUAUUCACUUCUUGGUUCAUAAACUUCCAGAGAAGAAUAAAGAAAUGUUGGAUAUUUUGGUGAAACAUUUAGCAAAAAGUGUUUCAACCAAUGCCAAGAAGAAUCUCAUGACUGUAGCAAAUUUAGGAGUAGUAUUUGGACCAACAUUAAUGAGGCCACAAGAAGAAACUGUGGCUGCCCUCAUGGACCUGAAGUUUCAAAAUAUUGUGGUGGAGAUCUUAAUAGAAAAUCAUGAUAAGAUUUUCCAAACCGUGCCUGAUGCCACUUUCCCUCAGCCAAUUUCUGCCUCAGUGUCUCCUCCAAAUGCUCCACCACGACAAUCAAGAAGACAAGGGCAACGUAAUAAGAGGCCUCUUGCUGUAUAUAAUCUCUGUCUUGAGCUGGAUGACAAUGAUAGUCUUAACCCUCCAAAAGAAUGCACACUCACAGGUAGCAUGGAUUCUUUAUCAUCUCAGUCUCCCACAAUGGCUGGUCCCAGCAGUCCUCCAGAUGCACAAAAAAACCAUCUUAUAAGUGAUGGUGGUGACACAGUAGAUUGGGCAACAAAUCCAUCCAGCGAGAUCCAGUCAUCUGUGGUUUCUUGGAUGAAUGUGCAGUCAAGUGUAGCAUCUACCUCAGUUGCACCACCAGCAGCAUCUUUCUCCUUUUCAUCCCCUAGCAUAGAGACUGACAGGCCUUCUGGAAGUGUUGUUAGCAGAAAAGCAAGAGCAGUGUAUCCAUGUGAGGCAGAGCAUAGCUCUGAAUUAUCUUCUAAGACCGGGGCAGUUUUUGAAGAUGUGCAGUUUUCACGAGAACCUGGAUGGCUAGAAGGAACUCUAAAUGGCCAAAGAGGACUCAUUCCCCAAAACUAUGUCCAGUUUCUUUAAUUCUUUCCAUUGAGUGCCUGGAAGGUGUACAUGGUAUCCAUGGAGAUAUAUAGAUAUAUAUAUUUGAUACAGUUGCCUCUCUUGGCUUCAGAUACGUUCAGCUGGUGAAGAAAUUGGUGAAGAACAUGACAAUGAAUUGAAAAUCUACAUUUCUGCAAGGAUUUAAUGUUUUGCCAAAACAGGAAUUAUACAGUUAGGAUUUGUGUUACUUUAUAUUGAGGAAAGUGGUUUAAUUUUAUAAAAAGUACUUCUUAAGUGUAAAAAAUAUAUGUAUAUAGCUAUAUUGUGUGUGUUUGUAACCUAACCUGCAAGUUAAAUUGAAGACUUGAUUGAUUUCAGAACCAACUUCCAGUUAAAAAAACAUUGGAAAAAGCAUUUAGUCUCUUUUUCUCCCUGCACUCCCCACCCCAAUAUCUGAGAAGGUUAGAACUUUAUAAUUUUAAAUCCACUAAUUCAGAUUGUUGGAAAAAUAAUUUAUACUGACAAUUAAUUCACAUUUUAAACUGCCAUCUUUGUGGUUAUUACAACAAAGAUACUCUGGUGUUAAAGAUCCAUUAAUUUCCCUUAUUUUUAAAGGGAGGUAUUAAGCAUCAUCAGUUGAAACCCAUAGGAAGAAAGAAUGGAAUACAUCUUUCAAAUGUCCAUAGUGGACAUAUGAAUUAGGACAAAUACUAUGGUUUCACUUAGGAUAAAUUUUAAAAGUAAAGGUCCAUAAGCUAUCCUUUGGGUUCCUAGAAUUUCUGCUUUUAGCUGAACAGAAACAGAACUGAAAUAAAACUAUUUUUCUAUUCAUUUGAUGUUAUGCACUGUGGAAAAGCAUGUUUAAUAUUUCUGGCAAUCUGUGGAGAUUCACUUUUAUUUAGGCCCAAACUAGAUAUGACAUGCACUUGCUUAUAUUUUCUCCCAGUGUUUUUAUUUUUUUCAUUCAAGAGACUCAAGAGUCUUAAGGUCAACAUGAAAGAACUCUUAAACUCUUUCUCACACAGCAAAUGUUCUGCUUAAAAUCUUCCCUACCCGUUUUUCCACCCAUACAGGGAAAGGAGGGUACAUAGCCAGAAGGGAAAUGUUUAAAACAGCUUAUAGCCAAUAAAUAACUGUUUUUAAGUUUAAAGAAAAAGUUGGAAAGAUAAACUUGAGGGCAUGUCAUUUUGAGUUUGGACAUUAGUUAUUACAAAAAUGUUUUAUACAAUAAGGGAUAAAUUAAGUUCUGAUUCUUUCCAACAGCCAGAAGAAUGGAAGGCUGUCAAAUACUUGUUUAAAAUUUUCUGGAAAAGAAAAAAAAGCUCUAGCAUAUUUUUCAUUUUGAUGUAUGUUGUUGUAUAUAUUACCUAUUUGCUAUGUUGAGUCCUUUAAAUACAACUUUUUAA